GGAAGAUUCAAUAGGAAUGAUACAAAAGGGUGUUGUUUGCUUUGAUAUUUCAAAAAAUGAGUUAUUUCAAUUGGCUGACAAUUACAAAACUUUGCACAGGAAAAUUAAAGUUUCAUGGAAAGUUGAACAGAAUGAUGCUGAACUUUCAAAAGAUGUUCUAUCAAAAGCAAAUAUAUUCAUUAUUUCUGGGCCACAAGACAAAUUUACAGAAGAUGAAUUCAAUGCUCUAAAAGAAUUUAUUGAAAAUGGUGGCAAACUUUUAGUUAUGCUAGGUGAAGGUGGUGAAAAUGCAUUCAACACAAAUAUAAAUUUUUUCUUAGAAGAUUAUGGAAUGUUCAUUAAUAACGACACAGUACUACGACCACAUUAUUUUAAAAAUUUUCAUCCAAAAGAAUGUAUUAUUGGUGGUGGAAUUGUAUGUGAAUCAAUGUGGCGUUAUUUAUUAAAUGAAAAAAUUGAAAAAAUUGAUUAUGAAUUUACUGAUGAAAAAUACAAAAUACAUUUUCAAUAUCCAUAUGGAGCAACAAUGAAUGUUUCAGAACCAGCAAACAUUUUAUUAACAACUGGACCGGUUGUAUAUCCAUUUAAUCGUCCAUUAGUUGGUUAUUAUUGUAAUGAAAAAAAUGGUAAAAUACUUGCUAUCGGUUCAGGUCAUAUGUUUCAAGAUAAAUAUCUAACUGAUAAAACAAAUGAUAUUAUAUUGGAUUAUUUUUUAAAUUUAUUAUCAAAUGAUGAUAUUAAAUUUACACAUUUGGAUUUUAAUGAUGUAGAGAUAAAUGAUAAUAAAACUGUAUCAGAUAUUGGUUUUAUUGCUGAAAUACCAAAACCAUGUCUAGUUGAAUCAACAGCAACUGAUAUACCAGCUGAUUUUAAAAAGAUGUUCGAUAUGAAUAUGUUUACAUUAAGUAAUGAUUUAUUAAAAGAUGUAAUUGAUGCAUAUAGUAAACUAAAUGUUAAAUAUGAACCAUUGAAAAUAAUAAAACCACAAUUCGAUAUACCAUUACCACCGUUGCAACUUGCGGUAUUUCCACCAAUAUUUAGUGAACCACCUCCACCACCCUUAGAACUAUUUGAUUUGGAUGAACAUUUAUCAUCACCGCGUACACAACUUGAUCAAUUAACAAUAAAAUGUUUAUCAUCGAUUAAAGAUUCUCAGCAACAGAAAAAAGAAUUUACAACAAAAGAUUUGGAAUAUUUUAUAAGAGAAUGUGGUCGUAUUGUUGGUAUUGUACAAGAAGGACAUGAAAUUAAUGCUAAAGAAAUUUUAUAUAAUGUUGGAUUAAAAAUUGCUAAUUACAAGAAAAUUGAUAGAAAAUUAGAUUAAAGUUUCAGCUCACUGCGACUUCUUCUUCUUAGAGAUUUUACAACAAAGUGGCUUUAAUAACUUUGCAUAUGAUGUACAGAAACCAGUUAUGUAUAUUGUGAAUUUUUACUUCAAAUAAAAUGUAAUUUUUCUUA